AUGAAGAUCGCUUUAUUUGUAUUGAGUUGUCUCAUCGCUGUUUCACGCCAGCAAAAUGGGUUGUGGUCUCAAUACCACCAGCAAACGCCAUUUCAAUAUCAUUAUGCCUCACCUGCGACUCAUAAUCUAAGACAAUGGGCCAAUGUUUACCCUGGAUCUUAUCCUUAUUAUGCCACUCAAUACUCUCAGCCACAGUAUGUGAAAUAUUUCCCCUUCAUGGCUAAACAGAAUCCAGGUGUGGUCUUAUUCAAAUCAUUCCCGCAAUCGCGUCGCGAUGAUGAAAAUGAUGAACCUCUCGUCCGUCAUAACAACGAAGAAGAAUCCAUCGAGGCCAGGAUAGCCAGUCCCAAAGGUGGUGUUCAAGAAGGACGGCUGUUUGACAACGCCCUUUUAUCUAACUUGCUGUUCGGAAGUGUUGCAACCAGCACAAAAUACAGCAUCGCAACUACAACGAUUAUCUCCACAUCGGUCAUCUCGUGCAUUCCCUCAGCGUCGUUCUCUUCUACCACAGCCUGUCGCCGAAGACGUGACGUGUCUGCCAUGAUGGAACUUUUGAAAGAACAUGAAGCUCUCUCGCCAUCUACAGUUGAAAGGGUGGAGCCAUCGGCCGUUCUUCAGCUUGAGUCUCUCAGUGAUGUGAACAAUGCCAAAGCAGCUCAAGAUUCUGUGACUAUUGUUUCUUCGUUAGACGAUGGGAAUAACAGCCGAGCUGCUGGUGCUCGUUUCAUCGGUUUGAAUGCCCUACUCACUUUAACCACCACUUCGACGUUGACGACGGCUACAAUCAGCGUUACCGAAUCUAGGAAAACUGUUACUCUAGGAAGUAGUUUGUUGUGUUUACCUUCGGGUAUCAAGCUUUGUUAG